AUGAGGCCGUUUCGAUACCAGACGCUCGCAGAAGAUGUUGAAGCUUUGGACGAUCCAGGUGUACCAACAUGCCAGUCAAGAACACGCCGCUUGCUUUCGUGUUUGGCGCUCCUGCAGUUAACGAUUAUGGCGGUGUUUGCCGUAAGAGCAAGCGCUGGAGGCCCUGUGCAUGCACUUCGAGAGAUCGGAGUUGGUGACAUAAUGCGGAAAUUUAGCAUCUUCCAGUUCAGUAUGGCCAUGUAUGAAAACGAAUUUGGAGACACGGAUCCGUUUCAGUUCAGAUGCCCAGUGCCGGGGACUAUUGCUGGUGGCAGCGACAACAUGACUUGCUGCAGGACCUACAACAACAAAGGUUGGCCCUUCCAGUUUCGAGAGUGUGAAACCUUCGGGUUUUGCACGACUUGCUGGGUUGAGACGGAAAAGCCGUCCAUGCAACGGCACCCUGCCAUUGAGUUUGUAGGCGCUUCUUGGGCAGCAACUAUCAGUGUCAAGAACAAAGCGGAAGCGAAAUCCGGGUGGCUAGGCCAGAAUCUGCAGAAUGCCUUUGGCAAUCUCGGUGUCUUGUCCAAAGACAAGGUCGAUGAUGCACCAGUACGAGGCAGUUCAAUGCGGGUCAGAAUUAGCAGGGGCAUCAUGAAGGGAGAGACCGACUCCUGCCCGGGCAUAGAUGAUUGGCACAUUGACAUGCUCAAUGAAGACAAAGAGAACAUUCACGCACGAGUCUUUAAGUCACCACGAACAAAGCUGGCCAUUGUUGCCUUUCGUGGUACACAGUUCAAGUCCAUGAAAAAUUGGGAGGUUGAUGCUGACAUUCAGAGAAUACCACUAAAGCUGCCAAAUGGCAAUGUCACGUACGUGCACGAAGGCUUCCUGAAGGCUUUGGAGCUCAUUCUACCUCAUGUGAAGAGGUGGGUAGAUGGUUACAUUUUCGGACUCUUCCAGGCCGUGCCGUCGGACUGGAAGUUGAUUUUCACCGGCCACAGUCUAGGGGGAGCGCUUGCUCUUCUGGCGGCUACGAAAAGCUUUGCAGAUCGCUGGCCUAGGACACCGGAGGCCGUGGUUGUUUUCGGUGUGCCCCGUUUUGCAGACGCGGCCUUGGAUCACUGGUGGCGGCAGAACAAGCUUUGCCAGCACCUGGUCCGUGUCAACACUUACAAUGACAUGGUGCAUGUCAUGCCUUUUCAGAGGAUGUGGAGCGCUUUAAAUGUAGCCACGAGUGCUUAUGACUGCUUCACUCGACCUGUGAACUGCAUAAGACAGUCCACGAAGCACAUGCAGCAUGCUCUUGCUCACCACUCGGACGGACUUGGUUUGAUUAUCAGCGAUCAGUGGUCGCACGUGUGUCCCGAGAGUGAAAUUCUGGUGCCAAGUCGCGUGAAGGGAGUCAAUGAGCAACUCGAGGAAUUAUCUUUGUUCGGAGGUGUCCUUUCUCAUCUGAAUGAGAACUGCCUAUACGGAUACAUCUAUGGAGUGCUGCACAGCAACAUUUCGACUUUUGACAAAUACUGCAGAGUUUCGCCUUCCAUCUGUACGAAUCUGACACAUCUUGGACCGUAA